UCAAAGCAGCCCAGAGAGCAUCAGGCACCUGUGUGUCUGUCUCUAAUCUCAUCCCUGCGUAUCAGUGUACCAGCCAACCUCCAUUCUUGUAAACAGUCGACAGGGAGUGGCCAAGACGGCCUGCCAAGAGGAGCUGAAACUUUGAGAGCGGAAUACAAGCUGGAAAACAAGUGCAACUCGUGUGUGUACAUUUUUUUCUUCUCGAGAUCAUGAAGCAGCAAAGUCAGUCCAGCUCCAUGGAGAAACAAUGCUCAGGAAACGUAUCCGCUUCCUUCCUCUCUAAAACCUAACAGGCUUAUGGCAGAUCCUUACUAGAGCGAGGAAUGUUCAGCAAAAGCUCAGCUGGUGACCAGCUAAGACGCCGCUGACUGGUAUCACUAUGUGGAGUUGCGAAGAUUUUAAUUACACUAACAACAUUCAAGACCAGCGUCUCUGCCAUGAUUUCCACCUUGUCCUCUUCAUCUUAUCCAUCCUCUACCUCAUCAUUUGUUUCCCAACUGGUCUCUGCUACAAUGUUCAGCUUGUGCUGGUUAAUCUGUGCAACAAGGCAACUAUGACCAUGCCAGAUGUGUACUUUGUAAAUAUGGCAAUUGCAGGACUCAUCAUCAACGCUGUGGCCUCAGUGUACCUUCUAGGACCAGCGUAUACCAAAUGGUCUCUGUUCGGCAAUGAGGUUUACAUUACUCUACUAAUUCUCUUUAAUGUGUCAUCUUUGGUGAUCAUGUAUUCCACAACUUUGCUCAGUCUGGAUUAUUACAUAGAAUGUGCGCUACCAAGAACGUACAUGUCGAGUGUCUAUAACACAAAGCAUGUCUGUGGGUUCAUCUGGGGUGGAGCUGUGUUGACCAGCUUCUCUUCACUCCUGUUCUACAUCUGCAACCAUGUAUCUUCUAAAAUUAUUGAGUGUUCCAAGAUGCAGAAUCGGGAGGCGGCUGAUGCCAUCAUGGUCCUCAUUGGAUAUGUGGUGCCAGUUCUUGCUGUACUGUAUGCUUUGGUCCUUAUUUUACAAAUUCGAAAAGAGGAAACUCCCCUUGAUCAGGAUUCUGGAAGACUGGAUCCAUCUGUGCACCGGCUUUUAAUCGCCACUGUUUGCACACAGUUUAUUUUAUGGACGCCAUAUUAUGCUACGCUAAUGGUAAACACAUUUACAGACCCUAAAGUGAAGGCCACCGACCAUCGUUUCAUGAGGACAUUUCACUUCAUCGAGGGUUUGUCUAGCUUCUUGGCCUUCUCAAGCAGCUUUGUCAUGCCUUUACUGCACAGACGCAUUAACAAAAACUUUCACAACAAACUCCAGAGAUUGCUUAAAAAAUUGCACUGUGGCAAUGAAGGUUGUGCCCAUGAGCGCACUGUGGUUCAGCAGGUGAUGACUUAAUGACAGAUGGUGUUACA